AUGACAACUGCUGCUGCUGCUGCUGCAGGAAAGCAGCACGCAAUCAAUGAGUUUUUUCUUACAUCACAGGAUUGUAACGCGUUAUUGUUGUUGCAAUGUCGACGUUGGGGACCGAGUUAUUAUGUGGACUCGCAGCAGGAGGAUCUGGCACAAUCAGCAGCAGGGGUGGAGCAGGCGAUGCUCACCGAAUAUGGCGGACAGGAACCGUGCCCUUUGCAGGCGAGAUCUUCUAUUUUUGGUGACUCUUGGAGUCCCAUCUCGGCCCACCCUUCGAGCACGCUCGCUCCAACCUACAUACAUCAGCACAGCACGAGCGGAGACGCCGAUGGAGCUUUUACGCGCUCCUGGGCUGAUCCGGUCUCUGCGUCCUUGUUUUUAACUGGAUUACCAUCCGCAGCGGGCCAUUAUGAGAUCAAACCCGAGCCGCCGAUUGGGAGUGUAGAAUGUACAACUAUUUGGAGACGCACACACCUCUUUUGUGUGACAUUGAAAAACGGGCGACACUUUGCAGAGAUUUCCUGCCAAACCGCAUCUAAAGCUGCUGAGAGCGAGUCCGUCACCUGAGAGAAGAAGGAGAUUGACGCAAAUAACCCAUCAUCCAACUGGCUUCACGCGAAGCCCACCAGAAAAAAGCGCUGUCCUUACACAAAGCACCAAAUCCUCGAACUGGAAAAGGAGUUUCUCUUUAAUAUGUACCUCCCCCGGGAUCGUAGAUUCGAAGUAGCGAGACUCCUGAAUUUGACGGAGAGACAGGUGAAAAUCUGGUUUCAGAACCGCAGGAUGAAGAUGAAGAAAGAAAACAAAGACCGGCGGAGAGACAGCUAACUAUGUGGACUGAUGGUGGAUUGGAGCUGUGGAUGGGGUGGUUCAGACUGUUCUUGAAGUUCCCGAACUGUUCCACAUGUUGUUGUGUAGUUUUUUUGUUUUUGUUUUUGUUGUUGGAAGAACAAAGCUGAAUGUGUCGUGUUGGUGAGAAUUUGUACUGUAAACGCAC